UUAUGCACUCUUUUCUUUAUAAAACGCUUGACCUUCUGAUGUUUGUUUGGUUUGACCAUGGCGGGGAAACUAGCAUUAUAUUUAUUAAACAACUAGAGGCAAGUUGAUUAUGGUAAAAAUCGCCGAGAUUUUACUAUCUAUUGCUAAAUAAUAUCAGUGCGAACAUCAGCCAAACUACAUCUAAAUUCGGAAUAGCGUGGCACAUUUGUGUCCCAGAUUUAGUGAACAUUGUGAAAUAUGAAUUUUUGGAUAUGUCUUGUCUGUCUGGUCUUUUUGCACAACGUCGUUGCGCAAAUACCUGAAGGAACGCCAUGUUACACCUCCCGAAACGAAUAUGGCUUAUGUAUAAACAUAAGAAAUUGCGAAUUCAUGAUCCGAUUACUAAGGACUAGAAGUCGGGAUGCGGAUACAGUGAAAUAUCUAAGAGCGUCCACGUGCGGCUACGACGGUAAUUUACCGAUGGUUUGCUGUCCACAAGAUGCCUCACUUAACGAUCUCAACAGCAAUGAGGGCUUGGAAGAACGGGCGAAAAAGAAUAAAGGCGAUACUGAAAAUGCUGGAGAUGCACAAUUAAAUGGACCUCAAUGUGGAAUCAGCAAUACAACUAACUACAGGGUUGUUGGUGGGGUACCAGCUAAGUUAAAUGAAGUCCCCUUUAUUGCUAUACUGGGUUACAGGAACCAGAAAAAUCCCAAUACGCCUAAAUGGCUCUGCGGAGGUUCUUUGAUAACUUACAGACAUGUUCUAACUGCUGCACAUUGCGUUAAUAAUAGGAAUGACUUGUAUGUUGUUCGCCUUGGAGAUCUUAAUUUAUUUGACGAUAACGAUGGUGCUUUUCCCGAGAACAUCGAAAUCUCGCAUUCCAAAGUUCAUGAAAAUUAUAGCCCUGUAAAUUACACCAAUGAUAUCGCUAUUGUGACGCUACAAAGGAGACCAAAAAAUCCAAAUGUCUGGCCUGUAUGCAUUCCCAACCAACAACCUUUAAUCAGCAACAAUUUCGUUAAAUAUCAAGCCAUGGUUGCAGGAUGGGGAGCACUUUAUUUCAAUGGGCCUUCGAGUGCAACGCUCCAGUUAGCUCAAAUACCUGUAGUCGAUCAGGGAAAGUGCAUAACUGCAUUUGCUAAUAAAGCUGUGAUUGACGACAGGAUUAUUUGCGCGGGCAGAGCAGAUGGCAAGCAGGACGCUUGCCAAGGCGAUUCAGGCGGGCCGCUUUUCUGGGGAACCAUUAGCGGAGAAGUCAUUCGUUAUUAUCAAAUUGGUGUAGUUUCAUAUGGUUUUCGUUGCGCUGAAGUUGGAUAUCCUGGUGUCUACACCAGAGUAACGAAAUUCAUUAAUUGGAUAGAAAACAAUAUUAAAUAGUAAUAAUUAGUAUAAAUACGUGCAAAUAUAUGAUCUUAGUACUUUAA